GCUUUCGGCUUCACGCAGGCGCACAUCGACGAGGAGGAACAGGCAUAGCAGCGUUGUAACCAGCGGAAUUAGAUUGUAAACAUUAACCUGGGCGAGUCCUGUCGAACGCUGGCAUGGAAAUAUAAGGCUAACAUCUUGUGUGGGACCAAAUCUCGUUCUUCAGUGCAUGGAUGCAAAGCCAAUGCGCAGGGCCACCAGCGCACGCCAAGACGCCACUGGAAUGGACAUCACCAGCCGAUGCACCCUGGGGGACCCCAACAAACUCCCAGAAGGGGUCCCCCAGCCCGCACGCAUGCCCUACGUCUCGGACAAACACCCACGGCAGACCCUAGAGGUGAUCAACCUGUUGAGAAAACACCGAGAGCUCUGUGACGUGGUGCUAGUGGUGGGUGCCAAAAAGAUCUAUGCCCACCGUGUCAUCCUGUCUGCCUGCAGCCCCUACUUCAGGGCGAUGUUUACCGGAGAGCUGGCAGAGAGCAGGCAGACUGAGGUUGUUAUCCGUGACAUAGACGAACGAGCCAUGGAGCUGCUCAUCGACUUUGCCUACACCUCACAGGUGACAGUAGAGGAGGGGAAUGUGCAGACACUGCUCCCUGCUGCCUGCCUCCUCCAGCUGGCAGAGAUCCAGGAGGCCUGCUGUGAGUUCCUAAAGAGGCAGCUCGAUCCCUCCAACUGCCUCGGCAUCAGGGCCUUCGCAGACACACACUCCUGCCGAGAGCUGCUGCGGAUUGCUGACAAGUUCACCCAGCACAAUUUCCAGGAGGUGAUGGAAAGUGAGGAAUUUAUGUUGUUGCCGGCCAACCAGUUGAUUGACAUCAUCUCCAGUGAUGAGCUCAAUGUGCGCAGCGAGGAGCAAGUUUUCAACGCAGUGAUGGCCUGGGUUAAAUACAGCAUCCAAGAACGCAGACCUCAGCUACCACAGGUUCUGCAGCAUGUCCGCCUGCCACUUCUCAGUCCCAAGUUCCUGGUGGGCACCGUGGGUUCUGACCCUCUCAUCAAGAGUGAUGAAGAGUGCAGAGACCUGGUUGAUGAAGCUAAGAACUACCUGCUGCUGCCACAGGAGAGGCCCUUGAUGCAGGGCCCCCGGACCCGGCCUAGAAAACCCAUCCGCUGUGGAGAAGUACUUUUUGCAGUCGGUGGCUGGUGCAGCGGCGAUGCCAUUUCCAGUGUGGAGCGUUACGACCCCCAGACCAACGAAUGGCGGAUGGUGGCAUCUAUGAGCAAGCGGCGAUGUGGAGUUGGCGUCAGUGUCCUGGACGACCUGCUCUACGCGGUGGGAGGGCACGACGGCUCGUCCUACCUCAACUCUGUGGAGAGAUAUGACCCCAAGACCAACCAGUGGAGCAGUGACGUGGCCCCCACCAGCACUUGUCGUACAAGUGUGGGUGUGGCCGUCCUUGGCGGUUAUUUGUAUGCUGUAGGGGGACAGGACGGAGUCUCCUGUCUCAACAUUGUGGAAAGGUACGACCCCAAGGAGAACAAGUGGACCCGCGUGGCCUCCAUGAGCACCAGGAGACUCGGGGUGGCUGUGGCUGUUCUGGGGGGAUUUCUGUACGCCGUCGGGGGGUCUGAUGGGACGUCGCCUUUAAAUACUGUGGAACGCUACAACCCUCAGGAGAACCGCUGGCACACCGUUUCUCCCAUGGGCACCAGGAGGAAGCACCUUGGCUGUGCCGUCUACCAAGACAUGAUCUACUCCGUCGGAGGAAGAGACGACACCACAGAGCUGAGCAGCGCCGAGAGAUACAACCCCAGGACCAACCAGUGGUCUCCUGUUGUAGCCAUGACGUCCAGACGGAGUGGGGUGGGUCUGGCUGUGGUCAAUGGUCAGCUAAUGGCAGUGGGCGGCUUUGACGGGACGACGUAUCUCAAAACCAUAGAAGUAUACGACCCUGAUGCCAACACAUGGAGGUUGUAUGGAGGAAUGAACUACCGCCGGCUAGGAGGAGGGGUUGGUGUCAUCAAAAUGACUCACUGUGAAUCGCACAUAUGGUAACAUCCCCCCUCCCUCCACCACCUCUCCACUCCAUGCCGUAACGAAUGCCUCUUUUCACCGACUCUCGUGCCUCCAAAAAGAUGCCGUUUUAUCAUGCAAGGAUGAGAGGAUUAAAAGUGGGAGGAGGGAGGAUGGAAAGAGGAGAAAGACACUAACUCUAUGGCUCAUCUCCACCCACUCCCCCAAGCCGGCAACUUGAAAAACGCCUUCAGUGACUACCGACACCCAACUGAAAUGAACUGGCAGCAGGAGGCCGUCAACUAUAGUUACAGCUUCCGGUUUGGAGGCAGUUUAAAGUCCUUCUGCCGUGACCUCACCAAAAGUUCCCAAGCACAUCCUCCAAGCUCCUUGCAGGUCUACUGGUCGAAAUAGGAUGUUUGAACAAGGCGUUUACACAUUGUGUGGCUUGCACGUCACACAAGUGAAAAUCAGUUUGAUCGGGAUUGGGCCUUGGAGAUUAUCCUGUAUCAUUGUUUUGAGGCGAUUUGAUUGGAGGAGCUGAUAAGUUCAAAAAGUGUGAUGAGGUCACCGGAAGAGGGCUUUUUAGCCUUUCCAACUGUGAUAGCCUCCUUCACUCUCCCUUGUCUUAUGACACCUGCCCCAAAAUUCUGGCUAGUGAGGACUGCCCAGAUGGAAAAAAAUGCUCCGACAGCCAGUGGACCAGAAAACUUUUUGUUCAUAAUAAAAGAUCAAGACCGCAUCUUUUGGAUUAAUUUCCUGGAGACACAACAUUGCAUAAUGACUGUCAGAGGUCGAUGCCGCUCUCUCAUUCUCGCUCUACUGUUAAUGAAUUACCGAUGACUUCAGUGCUCGACAUGUACAUCCUCAUCUGUGGCCAUUCACUCUGUAGGCCACAUGUGUAGCAUUAAACAGUAGGAAAGCUGUCGAGCUCUGCUCUUUUGAAGGAAAUCGGCAUUUUGAGACCCUCAGCCCCUCCAAGUUACAUUGAACGGGACUCUGCUGCUGCACUUUAGGAGAACGGGACUGGUGUAGCUGUUUUAUCACACUAACCAUGGGCUUAAUUUUUUUUAUUGAGGUGAUGGAAAUGAGGUUAAAAAAAUGCAUCAAGAUUUUGGGAGAUCAGCCCCUUGGUCAGUUUUCACUUCAGGUGGCAAGAACGCUGAUAUUAAGACAGUCCGUGUGUGAUAGGUUAUUGGCCUUGAUGCUUCAUGCUGACACCUCAGUAUACAUUAUAUUGAGUGACAGUCAUGUCCAUGCUAACAUCUAACAACACCUUAUCAAGAGUGAUAGUAGGGCAUUAGCAUUAGCUCAGAAAGUUUGGCAACUUUGUGUACAAGUUUGAUGAAAUUUACAAAUGAUGAAGUUACUGUUUUGAACUACCAGAGGCUGCCUUCUCUGGUUAUAAAAGAAGUGAAAGUGUUGAGCUCAUAAAAUCUGCGUACAGCUACAAAUUACUGCACCUUGCAGGGAUAUGUGGUUGUUACCUUAAAAAUAAUCCUGGCUGUCUCACACACUUUGAGUUAAGGCUAUUAAAAUGCCUGAGUCUGCACGCAGCAUUCUUCUGGAGCUUUCCAUAGAGUGUCGGCUGUUGGGAUGACUUUGAAGUUGGAGCUUCCCGCUUCAACAUAGAAAAAAAGAUUGAUUUGUCCACAACAGUAAAUGAAUCACUAAUUUGAGUCGAUGAUUGUUAACAUGCAGGUCAUCUUCACCUCUAGUGCUAGGUCCGUUCCUCAGUUUAAAAUAAUACACUGUUAUAAAUCUAUACCAUUGUAAAAUACAGGCUACAGAGGAAGCUAGACUUAAGUUGAACCUGUUGUCCAAAAAAAAAAAAAAAAAGUUUGUUCUUGACAGUCUUACUUGACAUGCUGUUCUGUAGUAUAUAUGGGUAAUUUGGCAAACUUUGAGCUUUCAGAUCAUCUCCAUAAUUCUGACCAGGAGUUUCCGACUUUUCCAUGCAAGAAGUCGGAUUUACCCUCGUUCCAAGCUCAAUGGAAAUCUCUGCAACACUCAGCAUUGUGUACCCUAAAGUGUCAGUAUGGAGAUCAGGAGCCAGUGAUCUACUAGAGACACAUAGAGGGUUUUGAUCUCAGUGUUCUUGUCCCUAGUAACUUGACCAGCAGACCAUUCUCACAAAAACUUGGUGUAUUCUUUUAGGAAAAUGAAGCUUUCUGUCUUCUUUUUUUCUUUUUUUCAUGCAACUGUUACAGUUAUGUGACCCGGUGAGAAAUACCAGGUCGUGUUAAAGGUCGAACCGGCUCAUGUUCAGGAUGAUGCAGAAAAACUAAGUUCAGUUUUGCAUGUUAAAGUUCUGUAAGCACCGAGAUGUUUCAUGACAGAAUUUAAGUGAUGUCCUCUGCCACCUGCCACCUCGAGGUGGUUGUUCCCGCGGUAAACACACCGACGGGGCUGGGUUGCAUUCAUGUUCAGUUCAAAAAUGGUAACAGACACUGUCAUUCACCUGUCAGCGUUUCUUAAUGUUGUAUUUGACACCACUCUCUGAUCCAAAAUUUUUUCAAGAUGUAAUAUUUUUGGAACAUACUAAACCUGUUAAAGGGAUAGCUCACCCAUCACAAUUUGAUAUUAUUUCACUUUCCCCACUGGCUGUUAUGUAGUAGUAUUAAUGCUGUCUUCUCACAUUUACUGAGUGCUGGAUACUUGCUUGAGGCUUCAAAUGCUAACUGUUAUCCUCCUCACAGAAAUAGAAGUGGAUUGUAGUGUUAUACAUUGAGGACAUGUACACAUGUUGGAGGACAAAAACUUUCAGCAGCUGCCAGCCACUGUGAGCUUAGUCCACACAUCAAAACAGCUAGACGUUGCUAUUUAAUUAUUUAUUUAAACGUCCACAUUUUUUUUUUUUGCCAUUUAUGCUGUAAAAAUUCUGCUACACGUCAUAAAAUGUUUGAACAGUUUGAGUGGAUUAAAGCAGUUAUUCUAACAGUUUACAUUGGAGCAUCCAGCCAGUAUCCAGCACUCAGUAACAAUGAGAGCAAGAUAGCGCCACUGCUUUCCUACAUAAAAGCAAAGGGGAAGUGAAAUAGCAUCACAUUUUUCCAAAAUGGAUGAAUCAUCCCUUUAAUUUCUAUUCAUUCCUGGUGCUGGCAUUUGGAGGAGAUUUGGUUCCUGGUUGAAUUGAAAGAAUUGAGCCCAGUUUGUGUAAUUUGUACAUUUGCGUGCCGUGCAGUGAACAGACGGUCUCGCUCGCUGCGUUCUCAACAAGCGCCUGGCUCCUGUCUUACAGCAGACUUGAAGCAGGAGAGGACAUUUUUAUGACAGGGGCCUGUGAACUGGGGGGUAUUUCAAAUGCUCUGUGGCAUGUUUUACCCAAUUUGCUUUUGCAAGGACAGAUAAACAGUAAAAUCUUACUGCCAUGCUGCAUUUUAUUCAUAACGGUGGCUGUCUGGCUGAUGCUGCCCUCUCCUAGCUUGCCCUCUCUGAUAACCACAGAGUAGUAACUGUUUCUGCCGUACUCCCCAUUUUUUAUGUACACAUUUUUUUGUUCACACACCUAAUUUGUUUUGCCUUCAGCACAGUAUUUCACAUUUUUGCACGCCAAUCCUGCAUCGCCUACUGUUGUAUUAAUGCAGCGCGUGCCGGAGGACUGUUGUAAAGCAUACAGCACCGAUAAAGUCAGCUUUUCCUAUCUGCAGUUCUCUCAGCAGCCCACAGAUGGGUUACUUAUUGCCGAGUUGCGGUCUCCCAGCUUCACAGCGAGCAGAGAAAGAGGACAGACACAGGUUGAGUCAGUGGUUUGGAUGAAUCUCCACAGAAUUUAUUGCACUGUGAUUGGUAUUGUAUUGUAGGUUUUAUCUUUUUUAUUAUUAUUAUUAUUCUUUUUUUUUUUUUAUCUGGGUGUUCAACUCUCCAAACGUAAGGAAAAUCUGUUUUCAAGUCAUCAUCAGUCACCUUGGGAGUUUGGAAUAAGGGUGUUUACACAGUGCAGAUACAAUGACAAGAAAGGUUUCCACGACGUGCACUGGAGAACGAUAUCGGCUCCAUGCCGUGCAGGAGUGGAAAGCAACACUUGUUACUACGUUUUGAACUUUACUUUGUAUGACACACAAAUCUGCCCGUUUAUCAGACAGUUGUGCACUUUAAUUCGAUAACAGAUUCAGUUUGGAACAAAUGCCUUGUUACGGCAAGCAGCAAGAAAACAACACCAGGCUGAUGUGUUAUUAUGCAUUAUAUUGACAUUUUCGUCAGUGAGCACGUCCCGACAUGAAUAUUGGUGUUGAUGUUAAGCUAUUAUGCCAACUAUCAGAUAUUGUUGUUUUCAGUUCAGUGCCCAGGAGAAUCUCAAAGGGGGGUUUCAAGUCGCAGGGUCACACUGUUAGCCCGCUUGAAGAGUUAUGCAAAUCUUGAUGUUGAUAAUUUAUUUAACUGAAUGUUUUUUUUUUUUUUGUUUUUUUUUUCGCUUUUGGAUGUCUGGCAGUCAUGCAUGCAAAAGCGCUCAUGUCAGCAUCACAGAUUAUUUUGCCAUUUCUUGCAAAUCUGUAAUAUUUUGACACUAGGGAACUGAUGUUGCAUAUUGUUUCUUGGGUAUGGCUUUUCAUAACGGAUAAACAGAAAAUUGCCUCACCCGUUCUGGACAAAACUUUUUAUGUUAAAGUGGCCGACUGUGUCUGCCUUCCUCUUAAAAAACUCCCCCCAAGAACAUGUUGCCAUUUUUCACUGCCACAGAAAUAAAGGGGAAUGCCACUCAAAUUAAGACUCAAUACAUGUAGUUGCUAUGGUCUAGGGCAGUCUGUUUGUUAGAGUAUUUGUUAAAAUAAUCUGCAGUCCAUAAGAGAAAUCAUCACCAUGAUAUUAUGAAAUGUUAAAUAUUGACUGCACUGGCCACAGCAACAGUAUUCUACUUUCAAUUGAGUGGCAUUUCCCUUUAACAUGUAAAAUGAUAAUGAUGCAUUGUGAUUGUGAUCAGCAGAACUCAGUUAGCCUUCAGUCAGUAGCCAGUAUAAGCAACUUUGAAUAGCCUUGUAUGUACAAUACAUCACCCAGACAUGUCUGUGAUUUCUGAUGUUGGUCUUAUGUAACAGCCAUUUUUUUCAGCUGUGCUCACUACAACAGCCCUGGACUGAUCAAUGUUCACUAUGAAAAGGAUAAAACUUUUCUCCCAGACAAA